CGCGCUAUGGCGGGUCCCGUCCGGACUGGACGCCGCCGGCCCUCCCUGCUGUGGCUGCUGCUGGUGGCGGCGGGGGCGCUGCCGAGGUCCGGCGGGGCCCUGCAGAAUGUCACCUCGCAGCUCUUCGGUGCCGAGGCCUUUGGGACGCUGGCCGCCUUUGGGGACUUCAACUCCGACAAGCAGACCGACCUCUUCGUACUGAGGAGAGAGAGUGAAUUAAAUAUCUUCCUUGCAGACCAAAAAGAACCCUACUUUAAACCCAAAGUCAAAUUACUAUUAAGGGAUGUUGUGAUAACCAGUGUAGUUCCUGGUGAUUAUGAUGGUGAUUCACAAAUGGAUGUCCUUUUGACAACUCGUCCACAAGAACAGCCCAAUGCUGACCUAUCAGUCUUGAUUUUCUGGGGAAAUAAUCAAACAUUAGAUAUAAAUCGUAAGUUUGUAGGAAAUAGGACAUUUUAUGAUGAACCAUUAAUCAUGGACUUCAAUGGUGAUUUAAUUCCUGAUGUUUUUGGAGUUACCAGUGAAUCUAAAAGGCCAGAAAUACUGAUUGGCAGGAAUUUAUCAUGGCACCCAGUGCUGGAUUCACAACAUACAAUGUUCAAACCUCACUCUCAUGCCUUCAUAGAUAUGAAUCAGGAUUUCACAGCAGAUUUGUUUCUUACAACGCUGUCAAAAUCUGGACAAGCUCAGUUUGAAAUAUGGGUGAAUCAGGAUGGGAAUUUUUCCAAAGCUACAUACAUAAAGGAAAAACCGAAAGACGUUGUUGUUGUUGGACAAUCAGUAUUUGCUGAUUUUGAUGGUGACGGGCAGACUGAACACUUGCUGCCAGGUUGUGCAGACACAGCUUGUCAAAAAAGUGUAAUCUACCUAUCUAAACCAGGACUGGAUGAGUGGUUUCCAGUGUUGCAGAACUUUUCAGAUGGCGUAAAUGUAUGGGGUUUUGUUUCACAUACCAAGGAUCCAACCUCAGAUGAAAUUUCAUUUCCAAUCACUCUUCAUAUUGGAGAUUAUAACAUGGAUGGCUAUCCAGAUGCACUUGCUAUACUAAAAAACACAUCAGGAAGCAACCAACAGGCUUUCCUAUUAGAGAACGAAGAAUGCAGGAAUGCAAGCUGCAAGGGUGCACGCCGGACAUUUAAGGUUCAUUGGGCACUGUCAGAUCUAAAUCAAAUCAAGGAUGCUAUGGUGGCGACCUUCUUUGACAUUUAUGAAGAUGGAAUCUUGGAUAUAAUUGUCCUCAGCAAGAAUUCUCCUAAGAAAGAGCUCGCAAUCCACGCAUUAAAAAAUAACUUUGAAGCAGAUGCCUACUUUGUUAAAGUCAUUGUUCUCAGUGGGCUUUGUUCAAAUGACUGUCCUCACAAGAUAAAGCCCUUUGGUGUGAAUCAACCGGGACCUUAUAUUAAGUAUACAACUGUAGAUGCAAAUGGAUAUCUGAAAAAUGGUUCAGCCGGACAGCUGAGUCAGUCAGCACACUUUGCCCUCCAGCUUCCAUAUAAUGUUUUAGGCUUGGGUCGAAGUGCUAAUUUUCUUGAUCAUUUAUGUGUUGGCAUUCCUCGUCCCCUGGGGGAAAAGUCUACAAGGAAACAAGAAUGGACAGCCAUCAUCCCAAAUUCCCAGCUUAUAGUCAUUCCAUAUCCUCAAAACGUCCCUCGAAGCUGGAGUGCUAAGCUGUACCUGACCCCAAGUAACAUCGUACUGCUAACAGCAAUUGCCCUAAUUGGAGUCUGUGUCUUCAUCCUGGCAAUAAUUGGCAUAUUGCACUGGCAAGAGAAGAAAGCAGAUGAUCGAGAGAAAAGACAAGAAGCUCACCGAUUCCAUUUUGAUGCUAUGUGAUAUACCUUUAUAUCUUGAUGAAGGAGCUAAUAUUUGAUCUACAUUAAUGUACUGAAGCAUAUACAGACUGAAGAAAGCAUUUGCUGUGGUAUUUGUAAAUGUUGAAAUGUUGUUUUUUAAUUUAUUUGUAAAGCAAUAGCAUCACGCCCAUUUCAGAGACAGGUUGUAUAUAUUUGCAGUUAUCUUUAUUUAACAAAUUCCACUCUAGUAAUAGAUCAUACUGCAUGCAUUCCAUACUCUCACUUUUUUUCCUUAUAAUGUUUCAUGAAAAGGCAGUUCUAUGUAAAUUGACGUUUUAGUGAGCAAAAAAACCUUAGUGCCACUUGGAUAAGUCCUGUCAUCAUUAUCUAUUUCCAAAAUACGACUUUCAUGUUUAUAAUUUAAUCCUCUAGCAAACUGUUAGAUUGUUCUGUUUGUACUCCACGACAUUUUACUUGAAAUGCUUGGGAUUGUUUGUCUUAAUCUUUGUAUCCAAUCAAGUGAGAAGAAAAGCUUAAUAUCAGAAGAUUAAAACACCUUAAUAAUAUGAAAUAAAGACUGAUCGCAAAUCAGAAACAAAUAAGCAUAAUACAGUUUAUAUUUCAAAUUAUGAGAGCCUAAAAUAACCUGUAUGAUAUAUCCUUACUAAUAGUUACCAUGCAAUUACACUAAAUUUUAAUCAUGAAAACAUCUGAUGUAUAAAAAUAAAUGACGUUCUUGGGGAAACAAUCAGAGGAUACUCCUCCAAGAAGGUCUCUUUCCACAUUCACCUACAAUUAAGGGCUGGACUAGACUAUAUUAUGAUUUUCAUGUAAUCUUCACGUUGCCUACCAAACCAUGUCUGUGAGCAAAAAGGAUCCCAGCCUUUUCCAAAUAAGAAUUAGGCUGUGGCUAUUUUAUUAAGCAGACUAUUGGAAGCACUCUUUAUGUAAUGCCACUGCUGCUUUAUUCCUUACAUUUGGUUGAUGAUUUUGACAUUCUUGCCCCGUAUUCCUAAUAAACCAUGUCCAUUACGUUAA